ACAGGUUUAAGCGAUAACCAUGGAGGAUGAGCAGGAUGACUAUUCGUGGGAUACGUCUAACAACAGUGAGAACACAAGCGUUCCAGAUUAUGUGGAUAAAGAGCACGUCGAACUCUGCUCUGCAUCAAACGUCAACCAAUUGGGCUCGGCCAUCAUUCCUUAUUUCUACUACAUCAACUUCCUCCUGAGUUACUUAGGCAACUGGCUUGUUUUGUUCAUCAUCGUCAAGCUUGAGAAGGUCAACAGCGUCACUAACAUCUUCCUCAUCAAUCUGGUCACCUCCAACAUCCUGUUUGCAUCCAGCUUCCCCUUCCUGGCCAAAUACCAUUCCUCAGAGUGGAUCUUCGGCACGGUGCUUUGCAAGUUGGUCAGCAGUGCCCAUCUGAUUGGUUUCUACAGUUCCAUCCUCUUCCUCACCCUGAUGACCUUUGACCGCUACCUGGCCGUGGUGCACGCGGUGUCCGCUGCCAAGAGCAGGAAGAGGGCGUACGCCAUCGGCGCGUCGUUGAUCGUUUGGUUCAUCAGUGUGCUGGCCAGUCUCAAUGAGCUGGUGUUCAAAGGCGUGCGGAAGCACCACGAGCACGGCCUGAUGUGUGAGGAGACAGGAGACCACGCCGACGUCGUCGAACAGUGGAAUCUGGUCAGCUACUACAUGCAGUUCCUCCUCUUCUUCCUGCUGCCCCUCUCCAUGGUGAUGUACUGCUACACCUGCAUCACCGUGCGGAUCAUGUCCACUCGCAUGAGGGAGAAAUGGCGCUCGGUGAAGCUGAUAUUCAUCAUCAUGUUCACCUUCUUCGUUUGCUGGACUCCCUAUAACAUCGUGAUCCUGCUGAAGGCCAUUCAGAUCUCCACAGCCGACGAUGCAAACCGGAAGUGCGAUCAGGUCGAGGCGUUGAACUAUGCGUUGUACGUGACCAGAAACAUAGCGUUCUUGUAUUGUUGCAUCAGCCCCAUGUUCUACUCCUUUGUGGGUAAGCGGUUUCAGAGUCACUUCAGGAAGCUGUUGUUGAAGAACAUGCCUUGUCUGGCACGUCACUUCAGACCCGCUAGUCUGAGCAGCAAGUCCACCUCACAAAGGACAUCCCACACAAACGACUUAUAACAUGUGGGAGACAAUUUACUUUGUUUGAGUUGGAUAAUUGGAUGGGAAAAUGGACAAUUAAAUUUUUAGUUUUACAUUUAAAUGUAGUCAUUUAGCAUAUAGGCCUACCUUAUAAAUGAAUAUCUAAUAAUUAAUUGCAAUUAGGGCUGCAACAACGAAUCGAUAAAAUCGAUAGAAAUCGAUUACUAAAUGCGUUGGCAACGAAUUUGGUCGUCGAUUCGUUGUGUCGCGCGAUUAAUAAGUUACUCAUAGGCGCAGCACUGUUUACAGCCAGCCGCCGACAGGUUGGUUCAUGGUUCAUGCACGCCCACAGCGAGCUUUAGUGUGAGCGACCACAGCUUGUAUUUUGGUCAUAUCUUAAAACUGGACUGUAGGCCUACAUCGAAGUGUUGUACCUUCACUGUCUUUGGGUUAAAAAAACUCCUUCAACUCAGUAUCCGUCUAGUCCAACCGAAAACUGUCAGCUGAUGCUGCUGCAGACGUUGUGCAGACGGGCUCGGAGUCGGCACCGCGUGCAUCAACAGUCAUUCAAAGCAGCGGUAGUAAUCACACAACCGGACGGUGUAGAAAGUCCCGUCAGUUAAAAAUAGUAAUGCAGUUUUUAAAUCCAUGUUAAAAUCGGCAGGAUAUAGAGCUAGUUAGCUUAAAAAAAAAAAAAAAAAACUGACCAAUGGUCACAAACAGUGUCAAAUGCGAUGUGUUCAGGUCGGCUCAGUAAUAUGAUUGAUGCGUUCAAAUGCAACAGAAAGAAAUAAAAAUAGAGAUUUUGGUGAAAACUUGUUUUCCCAGUAAUAUAAAAUAGAUAGUAAAGAUAGAAUUAUGACCCGUUUAAUGUCCUAUCUUGAACUAUCAUCAUCUUAUCAGCAAUUAAAGCAAUAUUACAAGUUCUAUUUCAAGGAGUCUCGAAAAUGGUAUCAAUAGGUUUGACCGGUUAACCAUCGACAUCGCUUGUAUACAUAUAAAAGUAUAUCAUACAUUGUAUGUUUUUUUUUGUGUUAUCCCAGUUAUGUUUUUUUAAUUGUUUUAUUAUUUAAUAUUACUUCAAAUAGUUCUGGGACGUUGGAGCAAUAACCUGGUGUUUUUACACUUCAGUCUGCACUGUGAAUUUGAAGUAAUGUUCAGUUUUUGAAUAAAGAUGCGGCAAUUAAAAAAGUUUUUUUUUUUUAUCAGAUUCAUCGAUUAAUCGAAUAAAUAAUCUACAGAUUAAUCGAUUAUUCAAAUAAUCAUUAGUUGCAGCCCUAAUUGCAAUUAUGUAGCCUUCUUUUUUAAGGCACUUAAAGCGCUUUAAUCAGUUAGUUAGUUUAUUAGUUGUCCCCUUAGGGAAAUUAUUUUUCAGUUUUCUUCCGUCAUUUCCCAAAUAGUGAGUUUGUGGUUGAGAAUAACACCUCAUAUUAACGAGGCUGAAAGAAUCUAAGUUUGUAUUGAUUUUAGAGAAGCUAGGUUAGGUUCUCGAAGGAUGAAAUAUCACAAGAGGAAGUGUAGAAUAACGGAGUUGUUCGGCCGUCAACUAGCUUUGUCAUGACAACAUUUUAGCCACUUUUGCUUGAAAUCUAAUUAUAAAGAGAGAAUAUAAUAGAUAUUGAAUUUAGAAUUUCUGCAUUUUAACUGUUAUGUUGUAAAACCAUUUUGUGCAGCAUAAGCGUUGUUGUGUUUCUACUGUUAUCUCAUUUUAGUUGUGGAAUGUGUAACACAUGAAGAUAAAGCUGUGGUUUGGAUGGUUUGUGCUGCUCUUCCUAACAGCAGUGGUCGAUCCCCGGCCAGCAGAGUCGAUGCGCUACCGAAGGCGGAGCCACCGCAACGUCUACCGUCUACCGUCACUCUUCCACCACUUAAAAUAUAUGUUGAUAUAUAUGUUUAAAAUAAUCUCCAGCUCUUCUUUUUAUAUCGUAGCUCUUAAUAGUGCUACGACGGCUGCUUUGCUUUGUUCCUAUUUUAAGAUGUGUGAUCGGGAAGCACUAUUUGGGGUUCAUCUUCAUUGUUGAAAGUAUAAAGUAUCUGCAAAUAAAUGUAAUGUAGUGAAUAAAAAAUGUUAUUUUCUUGAGGUUAAUUUUCCUAA